AUGGUGGCCCCGCGCUAUCUUGUGUGGACGCCUUUGUGGCUUUGCCUUUGGUGGACUGCCUCUGCGUGGGACGAAGAGAAUGAGUCGGUCGAUGAACCGGCACAUCCUGCUGCCGCUGCUUCCUCGUCGGUGGCAUUGGUCCCUGGGGCGACUUCAUCACAAUGCUCCGCUUCCUGGACGUACACUCAGUACAUGCAGUUCAUGGCGGCAGCUUGGGAUGAAGAAAUUUCGGUGGCAGCCCAACUCGAAGACUAUGAGAACGCCACGGUCAAUCACAGCGGCCUGGUGAUGUCCACUAUUGAAUCACCAACGCCUGAGUCGGACAUGAUGGGGGCCCUUCGUGUUUGGAAUUUGGAGACCUGGCGCCUCCUGCAUGAUGGACGUGUACUUCGUGGAGGACGUGGGACCACUACAGGACUACCUGGACGUGACCCUGACACCUGGCUCAUCUCCAACAACAAAGCCAAAGGGGGUGAAACGUCUGGGACUAUCGACAGCCUCCCUUGCCCCUGCCCCGCCUCGCUUGUGGGGAACGACGCUGAGGAUGGGCAUAACCAUGGCACUUCAUCGUCCUCUUCGUCUUCCUUCUCGGCACCCUGGACAAGCUGGAUCGGAAUGAGCGCAGCGAUCCUGCAUGACCUCAUGGGUGAGUACGCAGGUGAACGCGACAGAGUCAUCGGAGGGGGCUUCGUCGAGCUUGAACUGGACCCUGAACACCAGCCUGCCCCAAGACUGUGA